AUGGUCAUCGCGGCAUACGCCACGGCGGUGCGGCUGACCGCCGCAGCACCCAUCAACCUCGCGGCUGCGGCAACGCUGGCCUCGCGCCCUGCCGCCCUCGCCGCUCUCGACGCGCUUCCGGCGGCCGACCUGGCUGCGAAGGCGGAGCGGCUGGACAUGACGCCAGCAGAGCUGCGGGAGCUCAUCCAAACUAGCGAGGCGAUUAAUUUUGACGCGGAAUCGGGCUAUCUGCACUACCGGUGA